GAGAGAGAGAGAGAGAGAGAGAGAGAGAGAGAGAGAGAGAGGACUCUGUGUCCAUGCGCGUCAACAAGCUUACAUUCUGGCUGUUGAGUAGCUCGGCGCCGCCUCGGCGCUCGCCGAGACGGGCCGCGACGAGAUCGUGCUCGACGCGAAGGCGGCCGCGGGCGCGCGGUUGCUCGACCAGCUGGCCGUCUCGCACGCGCUGCAGAGGCACAUGCGGCUGCAGCUCGUCGAAGACGAGGCCGAGAGACUCGUCGGCGGGAUGAAGCGGAUGGUGCGGCAGGGCAUCGGCGCCUCGCGGCUGCGGCGGAUGCUGCCGCCUCGCCUCGGCGGCGUCGAGUCGUCGGCCGGAAUGAUGCAGCGGCUGCUGCUGCUGCGCGAGUUCAACUAUGAGCCCGACAUCAUGAGCACACCCGACUGGCUGUGGGGCCACGACCACGCGGCGCGCGAGGAGCUGUACGACGCGAUGGUGGAGGAGUAUGAGGUGGAGGCGCGGAUCGACGCGGUGAACCAGCAGCUCGACUACGCGCAGGCGACGGCGCAGCAGCUCAAGGAGGACGCGCAGCACCGCCACUCCAUGUUCAUCGAGAUGACCAUCGUGCUGCUGAUCGCGUUUGAGGUUGUCGUCGAGAUGCACGCACUCGGGUACAUCGGCUGGCUCCCCACGGCGGCGGCGGCGCCGGCCGCGCACGCCGCGGCGGGCGGCGGAGAUGUGGUGCAGGCGCAGGCGCGCGGCGUCAAGAAGAGGACGAGCGCGCAGUGACUCGAGUAGUAGAAGGUAGCCGCCCCACGCGUCUCGCGGCCGCUUCACGAUGAAAGUAC